CGCCCAAAAAAAAAACAUGAGAGACCUAAAUAUCGCAACACACAACAACACACUGCUGGCACACAUAAUGGCCGACGACGAACAACCCCAGCCCAAAAUGCAAUGGGUAGCCAAGACCAACAAGGCCCUCGAAGAUCUCCCCAACCCCUCGGUCGAGUCGGCCCGCUGGGGCAAGCGGUCGAUCUACCGGAUCCCGGCCUCCGUGACCGACGCCAACUCCCGGGCCUACAAGCCGCAGAUCGUCUCCUUGGGGCCCUACCACCACGGGAGCAGGCACCUGAGUGAGAUGGAGGAGCACAAGCGGCGCGCGCUCCUCCAUUUCCUCAAGCGCUCCAGUAGGCCCCUCCAGGCCUACGUGGACGCCCUGGCCCCCGUGGCGCAGGACCUCAAGGACGCCUACGACCGGCUCGGGGCGGAUUGGCGCGAGGACACGGACAAGUUCCUCGAGCUCAUGGUCGUGGACGGGUGCUUUGUGUUGGAGAUAGUCCGUGUCACCGUGGCCGCCACGCUGACUGGGGGCUCGGACGCUCUCACGUCCCAGAUGCCAGUGGCAUACCAGGCCCAGGUCCAGCCCAGGGCGGCCGUGGCUGGAGAAUACGCGGAUAAUGAUCCGAUCUUCAGCAAGCACGGCGCGCUCUACAUUGUGCCGCAUCUAAUGCGGGACAUGCUGAUGCUCGAGAAUCAGCUGCCGCUGCUUGUGCUCGAGAAGCUCGUGGCCGUGCAGAAUGACAUUUUUAUCAAGGAGCGCAAGGAUCUGAUCAAAGACAUCCUAAUAUUCUUCCAACAAGACAUUUCCGUCACACACCAACAUAAGUUCAACCACUGCCUCCACAUACUCGACAUAUACCGCAAGAGCCUCCUGCUCGAGGAGCCGCAACAGAAGGCGGGGGCCGUGGCCCCUUCCGACCAGGGUGGAGAGGACAUCAUCCGCUCGGCCACAGAGCUGAAAGAGGCCGGGAUCCGCAUCAAGCGGAGCAACUCCCGAAGCCUCAAAGACAUCACGUUCCGCAGAGGGGUGCUUAGCCUCCCCCACAUCGUGGUGGACGACGCUCUCGAGUCGCUCUACCUGAACCUCAUCGCGUUCGAGCGCUUCCACGUCGGCGCGGGCAACGACCUCACCUCGUAUAUUUUCUUCAUGGACAACAUCAUCGACAGCGCGAUGGAUGUCAGCCUGCUCCACUCGUGCGACAUCAUACAGAACGCGCUCGGCAGUGACAAGGCCGUCGCGAAUCUCUUCAACUCACUGUCGAAGGACAUCACGCCUGACCGCGGGAGCUACCUCGGACAGGUUCACAAGCAGGUAAGCAAGUACUGCCAGAAGCCAUGGCACCAGUAUAGAGCUAACCUUAUGCACACCUACUUCACCAAUCCGUGGGCCAUUCUCUCCGUCAUCGCCGCGAUCUUCCUCUUUGCCCUCACCAUUGUUCAGACUAUUUACGGUGUCUUAAGUUACGUCAAUCCUCGUGCUUAAUGCUUGCAAUUUCUCUUCACAUCUUGGUUUUCUCUGGCCUUGUUUGCUUUGGCUUGUGAUUUUCUUUUCUGUGGGCGUGUGUGUGUGAACGAAUGUGAUGGUUGAUGCAAAUCUGUAUGUGGUUAUUCACUUGAAUGGGCAUCAUGUGCUUUGAAUAGCAGUUUGUAUUUUUCAUUUCUAAUGGGAUAGAGGGAGUAGGUCGGUUGAGUGGUCGGGCUGAUCCAUCAAUAAAGCAAAGCGGGUUUUAGUUGGA